GAGCACAGAAGAAGGAAGGGCUGGGGACAGUUAGAAGUUCACAAGAAGGAACCAAGGAUCAGACUGAGAAAACACAGAGUUAAAGACCUUGGGGUUCCUGAGAGCUCAGCUGCAAGUGACUGGGUGACAAGGCACACAGGCUCAGCUGUGGGAGGUCCAUCAUGAUUCCACAGAUAGUGACCAAUGAGACUGUCACAGUGAUUUCACCAAAUGGAAUCAGCUUUCCACAAACAGAUAAACCCCAGCCUACCCACCAGAAGCAAGACACUCUGAAGAAACAUCUAAAGGCAGAGAUCAAAGUGAUGGCGACAAUCCAGAUCAUGUGUGCUGUGAUGGUGUUGGCUCUGGGAAUCAUUUUGGCAUCUGUUCCCUCCGUCCCACAUUUUACCUCAGUGUUUUCUGUCCUGUUAAAAUCUGGCUACCCAUUUGUAGGAGCUUUGUUUUUUGCCAUCUCUGGAAUUCUAUCUGUUAUCACAGAGACAAAGAUGACUAAGCCUUUGGUUCACGGAAGCCUAGCCCUGAACACCCUGAGUGUCCUCUCUGCCCUCACAGGCAUCGUUAUCCUCUCUGUCAGUCUGUCUGCUCUAGAGCCUGCCUUGCAACAAUGCAAGCUGGUUAUCACACAACAACUAGCCACAACUCCACAGUAUUAUCAUUUCUUUCGCCCUGAGCCAUCAAACAAGAGCUGUUUCAUGGCCAAAGCUGCUCUGACUGGAGUCAUUUCACUGAUGCUGGUCAGCAGUGUGUUGGAGCUUGGGCUGGCUUUGCUCUCUGCUGUGCUGUGGUGGAAACAGAGUUGCUCUGCUUUCUCUGGGAAUGUGUUUUUCCUGUCUCAGGACUCAAAGAAUAAAUCCAGUGUAUCUGCAGAGUCACUUUGUAAUCCUGCAUAUGAGUAACUACUGACUUCAUAAGACUUAAGUAGAGAUUACACAGCAGAUCAGUCUUUAACAUGAUUUAGAAAAACCAUUUACUGUGUGACAGCAAUGCUUAAUAGCUUAAAAUGUGUGUGUUGGUUAAUCAGCGACCAUGAAAAACAUACUGACUGGCUGGGUUCAGUAGCGUGCUCUGGAUUUUGCUUCAGCCAAAGCACAGACCUGUAAAUUCCAAUUUAUGUAGUGGUCAAAGAGCCCCAGAUAUUUUCUCAAAAACUAGAAGAAUGUUUCAUAGGAUCAUAGUAGAACUAAUGAGCAACAUUUUCGUCUUAUCCUUGGCACUUGGCUACAGGAGGUACUGGUUAGUGCCUGAGAUCUUAUUCUUUGCAUGUGGCAUGGGACUUUAUGGCAUCUAUUUUAUUCAUAAGUACAUGAAGACAAGUCACCUGUUAUGAAGUCUCAAAGAGCAUACAAGUUAUUGGUCUCCAAAUAAAGUCUUUAUGUCAUCCCACAA